AUGGGAUGUCGAGUUCUUCAAAUCUUCAAACAAGGUUCCGUCAAAAAAGCCAUCCUCCUUGGCAUUUUUAUAACAACCUUCUAUAUUUUUUGGACACUAUACAACUUGGUUGAGUGCAAGACACCUUUUUUUGAAAAUCAUGAGCAUGACAUACGAAAUUUUCACCAACAGUGGUGUAGAAUGCAAGGUUGGCGGAUAGACUGGGACACAGUGGUUAAACCGUGUGCUGGCAAAGUAGCCUGGGACGAGCGAAAAGAAAACUCCGAAUGGAGGACUGAUGCGCGUAACAGUUUUAUUAAGAAAUGGGAGAUACAACCUGCAGGUAGAUAACGUAUACAAAACCUAUAUACCUAUAUAUAGUAUACCUAAACCUUCAUUUUUGUAAGUAUUGAAAGGCAAGCUCUAUUGAAUAGAGAAGGGAAGUAAUGACGUCACAAAAACUAAAUUUUGAAAUUAUGGGAUAGGCUGGCAUAUUCAGAAAGAACAAAAAGAGAAAGACCACCUGGCCACAAAUCAGCCUUUUAGAGCAAAUUGGUGGGGGGGUGGGGGCGGGGGGCUAAAAGCACCGUUUUGCUUCGACGACUCCAUAUAAAUCCUUUCUGGAUGUGCACUGAACCAAUCCCAUAUUCACAAAUUUGAAUUUUUGUGACGUCACACGUCUUCUCUCUAUAAGCCCCUCAUUGAAGCAUUUGCGAGGCACGAAUAAAACAAACUCAGAGUCCCCCAAGCAAAAUUUUGAAAUAAAAGUCAGAAGCGCUCAUUAGACCAUUUGAAUGAGGAUGACGUCACUACGUGACUGCUUCUUCCAGAAUCCUUCAGAGUUUUGCUUUCUUGUGUAAAUUUAUUAAAUCCUCUGUGGGAUUUCUAAGUUCAAGAUGCAAAAAGGAAAAACGAAAAGGAUUUGCAGUUUUUCUUUCCAGUUCUUUUUCCAUCAAGUUGUGAACUUAAGCGACAAUGUUAAAAUGGUAAUGGUAAAUGCCUUUUUAUAGCUAAAGUGCUCUUAGAUGCACCACCUACCUCCAGGCAUUCUACCCAGAUAAUUUGAAACAAAUAAUGCAAAUCUAAUAUAGCACUAUAAAGAAACCCAACAGGCAACAGCCAGCGCCAGAUGGCUAUUUUACAAUCGUCGGGAAGACCGAAACAAAUCCAAUUAGUGGUCAGGAGACUCAAACUCGGGACCGCUGGAUUGUGAGUCCUCCGCGCUGAUCAUUUGGCCGCGCUGCCUUAGUCCAAAAUGUUAGAGUAACUUAGAGCUGUAUUCAGUUUAUACAAUGAAUAUUUCUUGACAGUACAGUCGAACCUCCAGUAAGAGACCACCCAAAAUACAAAGACUGAGUGGUCGCUUACAAGAAUCGAACUGCGUGGGGCCUCUCCCAAGAAGAGUUCGGGGUACAUCUACUUUAAGAUGGAAUAUGUGUAGUUUCAUGUUGUCACUAAAGUUCUUCGUAUCGUCUUAGUAGCAUAGUGCACAUAACGAACAUAGAGAUGAGAGAAUGCUUUAAGUCGUCGCUUUACAAAAGGUUAAAAACCAUGCAAAAUCAUAAACCGUGAGUCCCAAAAGGUGGUCGCGGUCGCUUACAGGACGUGGUCGUUUACUAGAGGUUCCAACUGUAAGGCUUUGACUGGGAAAGUUUUGGUGUUUUGGAUUGGCGGUCGCUUAUGGGAGGUGGUCGCUUACGAGAGGUAGUCGAUCGCAAAUGGAGGUUCGACUGAUUUUCUUUUCCUGUUAGGUCACUUCAGUCGUUUCUUCAUUCAGUCUGUUACAAGAGAUGGCGUUCAUAAAAAUUUUGGUGGCGAUGCGUGGCGAGUGUACAUCAGACAAGGCCCAGCAUCCCUUGCGCCACAAGUGUGGGACUAUGACAACGGAAUGUAUGAAGUGGUAUUCUUGGUUAUGGAACCUGGUGAUUACUCCGCCCAGAUCACCCUGGAUUUCACUCUUUGUGACGGCCUUCGCGAGCCGCCUGUGGACUGGUUCAUAAAAGGUUCGAAACUAAUUUAAACAAUUUUCUUAACCAAUAUUGCAUUCGAGCAGAAUUUAAGGCAGCUCAUGAAAUUGAAAACUUAGCUUUCUCUCCCUGCUGGAAUUCAUUUACUAAAUGCGGCCUGAGCUUCGCAUUGGCAUUUUGUGUGGAGAUAAGUUUGAUUUUAGCUCAGGUUAUCUAAAUGUCCAGAAAAGCUUUGAAGUCGUGACAGUGUCACUUCAACAUAAAAAAUAGGGAAUAAAAUUAUUACCUUAUAAGGCAAUAGCUAGAACAGUUAUAUUUUUAAUACCUCAAAACACAGGGACAGUUCAAGGAAAAUACCAACCAGAUGGAAUCCUGGGAUACAUUGGCGAUGACUACAUAUUGGAACCGAUUGGAGGAAAGACGGCAAUUACGUUUUCUGUCCCGGAAACCUCGCAUAACACACAGGGGUUAAUACCAGGUAAAAGUCUACCUUGUUAUUGGAACCGGAUCGAGGAAGAAUGUUUCAUGAGCAUGAUACCAUGAAUCUACCGAACCAUUCAGUAAAGAAGACUGUUUCAUUUUGGAACGGCGUAGCUGAACGACUCUAAUUCAGACCCCUAACCUUUUUUGCAAGCAAACUGAUGUAUAAGCUACCAUAACGGUUUUGGCUUUACUGUGUCGCGUCUUCCUAAAAAAGACAGAUCAGUCAAAACUCGAUUACGUCUGCUGAAAAGUUGGCCCUAAGCCGGGCCAGAAUGACGCCAUAAGAGCAUGUAUAAUUUUUUUUUAUAUAUUUGUGUGAAAAGAACAGUUAGUAAUUUCAUCAUGAACCUAAUUUCUUUGCUAAGAUGCGAAGAACAAUGAUUUAAUCUGUUUCAAACAAUGACAUGGUUAGAUUGGUAUGUGGAAAUCUCAAAACAAUUGAUGAUCAUAAUUCUUCUAUUAAUACAGAAAAAGCCUGUGGAAUCACUUGUAACCUGCUACAAAACGGUUUUGGUAGAUGGGUCGAAGGAGUGUGGUUGCCUUAUACUGGUAUGUGUUCUUCUGGACGAUUUUUAAUUUUCAAAUUUAGCACCUUUAAAUGGCUUGUACUCUUCCACUGGACAAUAGUUACUCAUGAUAAUCAUACAAUUUUUAAAUGGCGUAUGUUCUAUACAGGACAUUUUUAAUUACUACAUGUACAACUAUACUAUUUUCUAUAGAGGAUAACACAAUAGCAGCAGUAGAGAAUUCCUUUACGGGGGCAGAUACACUGUGGAUAUAUGGUGAUUCCGUGGCCCAGAAUUUCCUGAAAUCACUGAGAUUGCGAGGAAUUUGUAAAAAGAUUUUCAAAAAGUGCAAAGAUUCAUACAUGUGGAUAUACGAGGUAUGAAGCAACAGAGCUCGUAUUCCACAUAAAUUAAUUAAAACUGAAUACCGUAAAUGAUCAAAUAGACUUCCUCUCUCGUAUAAACGCCUCUUGUCUAAUAAACGCCCCCUCUAUUAUAUUAAAGCACUUUUGAGUUUGUAUAAGACGGCCCUCUUUAAUACUGGGCCUCCUCUCUAUUAGACGCCUUGGCCUAUAAGACGUAUCAAUAAAUGGACUAGAUGCCCCCUGUGUAUAUACUGUUGUGAUAUAUUCGCCAAAGCCUAUUAGUUUUCUGAAGUUUUUUACAGUCGUACAAUAAAGGCGUCAAGUUUUAAACGCCGCCCCAGCUCUUAAAAGCGCCGACUUGGGAUUUUGAAAUUAAAUAGACUUCCUCGGCGUCCAUUAGAUCAUUUACGGCAUCGUCGAUAAUUUGUUAACAGCGCAAAUAACGGCUGAUCAACCAAUUGUAUUGCUUGCGUUCCUGAGAGCUAGAAGGUUUAAACUCUUGGGUUGUGGCCUUCAGACCAUGUAACACAGGUUGACUGUUUCAUGCAAGUUUCACCAACCGAAGAAUAAAAUCAAGAAAGAAAAAAUGAUUGUGACAAGAAAAGUACAUGUACAAUUUACCUGGUAUCCCUAAACAAAGUGGCGGUUUAAUAGAGGUAAUAACGUCACUGGAUAAAAAUUCCUCGAUGGGGCCACGACCGUUUAAUGAUGUCUGGUUUGCAGUAAGUAAGGAAAAAAAAUGGUUUUGAACACUUUUCUUCACAUAGACUCAAAUGAUCUUUACGUUUCGGGAGAAUCUGCUGAAAGGGAGAUAGUGAUGAACCAAUUUUUUUUCUAAAUUUUAUAUCGUAAUCUUGUAUAUUUCUACAUUUUUUCAGCUUACCAGUGUAGAAGAGGCCAAGUCAAAGUUUCGUCCAAACGAUUUCAACAAAACAGUUAUCCUUCAAUAUUUGACGAACAUUCUUGAUUCACCCGACAUGAGAAGACAAAACAGUGUGUUCUUAUUUAACCUUGGCGUUCAUUAUCCAAUAUCACUUAAUUUCACAACUUACAGAGACCUCGUGGAUAGCGUGAUAACACUGUUAAGGAGAAAGGUUGAGGUUCAACACAAUAAUAAACCCAUUGUUAUAUGGAAAACAACAACAUCCAUUGAAAAAGAAAAGACUCAUUUAAUGUUUGCAGAACUUCCGAAGAAUAAGACUCAUUGGAGAUUCCAUACACAUCAGGUAUAACAGCAGGUAUUAUUCAUUCAAAAUAUUUCACCGUUUCUGAUUGGCUCAAAUAUCCCCCGCGGCUAAUUCUUUGGCCUUGGUGGAUACUGCAUAAUUCUUCUUGUUAUAUUCCUAGACUUUCCCUCAACUAAACAGGGACUGUCAUUGGUUGAUUCUUGGUUACGUGGCCUUGACUGAAAUCAAAUGUAACCCGAUCGUGAUACAUUAAGAAAUGUACCGCGCUCCGAAUACAUUACAGCACGUGAUUUAAGCACGGUGGAAUGGCGUGACAGAAGGUGGGAAAACCACUGCCAGUUUUCUUUUUCGUGAAUGAACACAACAACACAAACACGAAGGUCCAAGCAAAAAGGAACGAUUUUUAAAGUUAUCCCAGAUAGGGAAACAGUAGCUAGUGGAGGAAAAAGAUGCAGAUAAUAUAAGGAAAGUACUUUGUAAAUCAUCCAUUCAGUAGUUUUGAGAAUUAAAUUUGUGUUGUUAUAACUACCGAGUCGACUGUUUUGGUUCGCUCCGGUUAUUCUUUUGUUGCUGUUGAAGUGAAAGUCUAGAAAAUUAAUAUAACAAAACACUAAAUGUCAGGUUCCUUCGGGAACCCAAUUAGUUUUGUUUUCCCAAGGAAAAAUAAAACUGUUUUCUUUGGGAUCUAACGUAGAGUGUAUAACAUCCUCACUUAAUAAAUGCUUAUUAUAACGUUAUACCUUGCAUAAAAACUGCACUUUCCUAUGUGUGUUUUAGUGUUAAAAACUUUAAAUACCUUUUUUUACGAUGCUCUCAUUAUUUAUAGCCACUGUCAAUACUAUGAACCGAACUAUUGAAUGAGACUGAGAAUGGUAUACCGCAGUUAUAAAAGAAUCAGCCAGGAAAUUAAAGGCAGUCAAAAACGAAGAAAUAUUUUGAACGAAUAGUAAUUAAUUAUUAAAUUAAUAGCUGUCCUUAUUUCUCUUGUUAUUGUCAUCUUUAUUGCUGCGGAGCGACCGAAGGGAGCGAGCAGCAACAUAAUCAGGAUUUAAAAGAAAUAUAUAAGGGGCGACGAAUUCUCGAAUUCAUCACUUUUUACCACAAUGCAUUGCAUUUAACCACACUUUUUACCACAAUGCAUUGCAUUUAACCAGAGUGCAUUGCGCCACGAACAACUCAAAUAAAAACACGGGUAAGUUGAGUGCAUCGUUCGCUGCUCAGACUUUGUGGUAAAUUUUCUACAGCGCGGUUAGAGGUCUUACCAAAUUUUAAGACACGCAGGAGUCUUUCAGAUGAGUAUGAUGGUUAACUUGGGGAUUGGAUUUUAAUUCAAGAGCCUUUUUGACUCGUCCAGGUGUUAAACCUGACGAGAAGAUGAGCAUUCGCUCUUGGACUCCGCAACACAAAUUCCAGCUUGCUAGAAGGUGAUGUGAAAGUGAGAAAAUGUCAUGCAAUGCUAUUCUUAAGAAACUGUAUGAGCCGAAAAUGGAAGUGAUUUUGACCAUUCGCUUCAAAAUAACAGCGGAAAUCGAGAUAACAAAACAUAUGUUUUGUGUCCUACUUUGCAGACGAGGACGCGUAUCGGCGUUUUGAAAAGCAUAAUUAUGUUCUUUCAUUCAUUUAUUGCCAUGGAAUAUGCGUUUACAUUGUUUUUUCACUGUUAAUAGCUCGGUUAACGCGGCUGGCGAUAUUCUUGCCGGCGGAAGUUUCAUCGAAAAGGAAUAAAAUGAAAGACUUUUCUUACACACUACGUAAUCAGUCUAUGUGGUGCAGUGGUUAGGUGUAGUCGCGUCAAGUCAGAGGUGCCGGGUUCGAGUCUCACUGAAUUAUUUAUUCCUUCUUUCUUUUUUUUUUCCGUUUUUUGUGGUGUUGUUUUCUACAAAUAUAUAGUUAAAUAACUGUUACUUAAUAAAAUGCAACAAACAGCAAGAAAAGUAUUGUGUUUCCAGAGAAAAUAUCGUGCACCGUAUAUUAAAUAUAUGGAUAAACGAUCUGAAUUUCUAUUAUUUCCUACAAUUUACUGUGGGAAAACCAGAGUUAAUAACCACUUGAUCAUUUUCUAAACAACGUUCCCACGAGUUCUUUCUAUAGACUGAUAGUAAUUAUUCUAGUACUUUCCAACAUGUAAAUAGGACAUUCAAUGUCAUUUUUGAUUCUUUUAAGUCUCACUGCCUAACUAAUGCCAGUAUCAACAGAAUGUGCCGCAGCAUUAGUAUCUUUUAGAUACCCUAGUCAUUAAAGUAGUUGUAAUUGUCGUUGUGUGAUGUUUGUGUGAUUUUUUUUAAUCAUCAGAGACUGGAGUUGUUUCAUAAAUACGCGACUAACGCCAUGUGCAAAGCUGGCAUUCCUGUAUUGGACGUGUAUCCAAUGACCGCUUCGUAUCCUAAUGGCACACUAGAUCAUGUGCAUUACAAUGCAAAUGCGCAGAGAGCAGCUGAGGAUCAACUGUUAGCAUUUAUGAUGGAGGAAAUGAAGAAAACUUCCAGUUGAAGAGAUCACGAGUUGGCUGACGGGGAGUCUUCACAUGGGUUAUAGCAAUACGGAAAGUUUACAAGAAAAAAGAGACAUUUCGUCAGUGUUCGAGCCACUAACCAAAUAAUUUACAAACGUGCUUUGGAUAUGAGACGGCAGACAGCCACCAGACACAUAGUGGCGAGGUGGCUUUAAAGAUAAUCACAUACCAAGAGGAAAUGCGUUACGGUGUAUCCUCCCCUCCACGUACCCAAUGCAAUAAGCUUGAGUGAAAAAGGCC